GCAAUUUUUUGGACCAAUAUUUUACACCCCUGGUUUGGUCAUGCACUUGCAUUGUGCUGUUGUAGCCCACGGGGCAUGAAAACUUCCCGUGAGGAAGGGAGACACGAUGGCACGUUGCAUGGGAAGGAAUCGGUCAGAGUUGAUCGUUUGCCUGUUCGGGGCUUCUAUAGUGGGAUAUUAUAUUUUUAACAGGCAUAAUAAUCCAGGUGACAUAGGUGGAACAAGUCUAAGAGAAGUUCCCAUUGAGCAAGAUAUUGAAAAUGAAUUGCUUAAAAAGCCUGUUUAUGACAAACCGCCGUUGGAUUUAAAUGCCUUAGGAGAACUGGGCAGAGCUGUCAAAUUGAACCUCGUUGGAGAGGAGAAGAGGAAAGAAGAGGAAAGUAUUAAGAAGCACCAGAUUAAUACCUAUGUGAGUGAUAUGAUAUCUCUCCACCGCAGCCUACCAGAAAGAUGGAAUCCUCUUUGUAAUGACCUAAAGUAUGACUACAGGAGGUUGCCAUCUACCUCAGUGGUGAUUGCCUUCUACAACGAGGCGUGGUCCACGCUGCUACGCACUGUCCACAGUGUCCUGGAGACAUCACCUAACUUACUGCUACGAGAGGUGGUGCUGGUGGACGACUAUAGUGACAGAGCUCAUUUGAAGGAGCCGUUGGAAAACUACAUCUCCAGCUUGAAGAAGGUGCGUCUGAUCCGGGCCAGGAAGAGGGAGGGCCUGGUACGGGCCAGGCUCCUGGGGGCCUCCAUUGCCACGGGUGACGUGCUGACCUUCCUGGACUGCCACUGUGAAUGUCACGAGGGCUGGCUGGAGCCCCUGCUCCACAGGAUAAGGGAGAAGCCAUCGGCUGUGGUCUGUCCCGUCAUCGAUGUCAUUGACUGGAACACUUUUCAGUAUCUAGGCAACUCUAGGGAACCCCAUAUCGGAGGAUUUGAUUGGCGGCUGGUCUUCACCUGGCACCUGGUGCCAGAGUACGAGCAGAAACACAGACGCUCUGCCAUCGAUGUCAUCAGGUCUCCUACGAUGGCUGGUGGGCUGUUUGCUGUCAGUAAGAACUAUUUCAAUUACCUGGGCACGUAUGACACAGGCAUGGAGGUGUGGGGAGGAGAGAACCUAGAGUUCUCAUUCAGGAUCUGGCAGUGUGGGGGCAGCCUGGAGAUCCACCCCUGCUCCCACGUGGGCCACGUCUUCCCCAAGAAUGCCCCCUACUCGCGGAGCAAGGCCCUGGCCAACAGCGUGCGUGCUGCCGAGGUCUGGAUGGACGAGUACAAGGAGUUGUACUACCACCGUAACCCCCACGCUCGCCUGGAGGCCUUUGGGGAUGUGACAGACAGGAAGAAGCUCAGGACCCAGUUAGGAUGUAAGGACUUCAAGUGGUACCUGGAUAACAUCUAUCCUGAUAUCCACGUUCCUGAGGACAGGCCUGGGACGUUUGGAAUGCUGAAGAACAGAGGCAUGUCCAGCUACUGCUUUGACUACAAUCCUCCUGACGACCAUAACCUGGUGGGCCACCGAAUCAUCCUCUACCCCUGUCAUGGCAUGGGACAAAACCAGUUCUUUGAGUACUCCAGUAAGAGAAGUGAGAUCCGCUAUAACACCAGGGAUCCAGCAGGGUGCGCUGUGGGGGACGCCGUCUCCACCUACCUGACUGUGCACCUGUGCAAGAAUCCCCGGCAGCCUGUGCCACAGGACCAGAAGUUUGUCCUCAGAGAGGACGGCACCCUUUACCACAUGAUGACCCAGAAGUGUGUCCAGGCCGUGGACAAGUCAGACAACGGCAGCCGUGCCCCCGCUCUGCGGCCCUGCUCGGACCACGCCAACCAGAAGUGGUUCUUUGAGGAGAGGGGGGAAUAGUGGAGCAAGCCAGACGAAAUCUCUAACACUGGGUUGGAGGGACAACCAAACCCAUAUCCUGUAGUUGAGGGAUCGGGAUGUAGGCCCCAAGACCCAUACUCAGGUCCAGUGUCCCUAUGCUGUGGAGAUAGCCUGGGUCGUUUUCACUAGGAACUAAACAGAAAAAAACUUGCUGAAACGGGGAGGUACUAAUUGAAUUAGUGCAAUUAGAAUCACUUGUUUUUGUUUUCUGUUGCACACUGUUUUGAAUCGUUGUGCCCUAAUGAAUAUUACCCAAGUCAGGCGAAGCAGGAACCGCUAUCUUACCUCCUGUAUCUAUGCACAACCUUGUGCUUGCUCAACAACGUUUGAUAUUUGAUAUUAACACAUACCACAUAUCUGCUUC